CUUGGUUAUCAUUCUAGAUAAGCAAUCGGACAGUUACUAUUAACAUGACCAUGAGGACUUUUAUUGAACUCUUAGGUGUAGUGAUUCAGUUUGCUGCAAUAUCAUCCCAGCAGCUGUGUGACAAUAUUGAUGAUCAAGUUUGUCAGGGUUUUGCUGCCAAUGUAAACAUCUGCAAUGAUCCAUGCUUAUCAAAGCUCUGUCCAAGAACAUGCAAUCUGUGUCCCCUCAAAUGUUUUCAUUGUGAUGGAGUGUCCUCGCCCACAAUGUGCAACACAACAAUGAUUUGUACAGACAAAUCUUAUUCCUGCAUCGUAACUGAGUCUUUAGGAGAUGAUUUUUCCAUCAAUUACAGACAAGGCUGCGCCAGCUCAGAUGUCUGUACACGAUUGUUUGGAUCUGGAACACCGACACUCAUUGGACGUAGGUCAAACCUUGAGGGAGAAUGUUGUGAUAACGACCUUUGUAACAGGAAUCGUCCCGUAGGUAAAAGGCAGGUGGACUUCUUCGAUACGACAACCACAAUGCGUCCAAGAACGACAACUCCUACUUUUGGAACAACCACGCCACCUAUGAUGACAACAAUGCGUCCACGUACGACAACUCCUACAUUUGCAACACAAACAACAACUCCCCCGAUGAUGACGACAUCACAACAACCUAACCUCUCAUCCAAGUGUGAUGAUAUUGAUCAUGCAUCUUGCCAGCGUCUCGCCAUGAUCAAACGAGACAUGUGUACCGAUGACUGUAUGGUUCAAGCCUGUCCUAGAACCUGUGGAAAAUGCGCUGAAUGUUACUCAUGUCAGCAUGUCUCAAAUCCUGCUAACUGCACAAACCAUGCUGUCUGUGAACCAGGGGAGAAAUGCUACGUCCUGAAAACAUUGAGCUUUAGUGGUGAGCAAGGAUAUAAAAUGGGAUGCAUGCUUGACAGUGUAUGCAAGCAGUUUAACACUCAAGCUGGUAAUGUGUUUGGUAAAAGAAAUGAUCCUGUUGAGCUUUCCGUGGAUGGUGACUGUUGCACGGGGGAUCUUUGUAACCACGUGGCAUUAACACAUGGAUCAACAUACACCACCAAAGCACCCCCCACGGGAGUUGGCUGCCGAUACACAGCCGCCAAUCAUCAUUGUCCUACAAAUUUUCACCUGGUUGAUGGGAAAUGUAUGAUGGUUGGACCUGGUCAAGUGUCCUAUGCUAAAGCAGAGGCCUACUGCCAUAAUCAUUGUUCCAUGUUAAUGGAAAAUUUCUCAGGAAAGGAAGCACAUGCUGUAUCAUAUUUCCUUCAAACUCAAUUACGAGGUCGUUCAAAUUAUGUAUACAUUGGAGCUCAGGAUGCUGAUCACGAUGGAGAUUAUACCUGGAACGUUGCCGGGACUGUCGUAGCUCACUCCUCAUCCCCUGUGAGUGGACACUACUGCCUGACCUACUCCGCAUUAACAAGAGGAGUACAUCCGGUCUCGUGCACGUCACUUCAUUACUUCCUGUGUCAAGCUCCAAUGAAAUAAAAUGGGAAUAAAGUUUUAUAUAUACU